UACCGUUAAUGGAAAAAAUGUUGGAAAACCCAAUUAAAAUUAAAAUGCAUUUUUUACUAAAAGAGUAAUAAUUAUGCUUUGGUCAAUAAAUCAACGUUUGAAAAGACCGAGAAGCAAUAUUGGUCGGUGUCUUCCACGAAAAAAAACGGUUGGCCACGCUAGCAUAGCCCCCCAAGUGGAAAUUAACUGCCACGGAGGAAAAAGACCGGUUCACUAACAUCACUGAACCGGGUUCCCCUUCAAGUUCUAGUCUCCAACUCUAUUUAUAAAGCAGACCCCAAAGGCCAAAACCAACUCAAAAUUCACCGAAAAAAAAAGAAAAAAAAAUACAGUGUGUAUAAAACCUGCCUUUGAAUAGUAAUCGCCAUGACCACUUCCGUGAAGAACAACUUCCUACCUCCUCCUUUGAUCUCCAAUCUCCAGCAAGUUCUUAUAUCCCGAAACGACACCGUUGAACACCAAUCGACCAAUUUCAACUCCUUCGACUCAACCUCCCUGAACUCCUCUCCAUCUUCCUGUUCACGCAAUGAGGAGCCACAUUGCUCUAAGCCAGAGCUUCUGAUCACCAAUGGCGAAGGAAUAGAUUCACCUGGCCUCGCUUUCCUCGUUCAAGCUCUUCUCUCCGACGGUCGUUUCAGUCUUUACGUCUGCGCUCCUCAAUCGGAUAAAUCGGUUGCCGGUCAUUCCAUUACGGUACGAGAGACGGUCGAGGUAUGUUCGGUCGUAAUGAGCGGUGCCCCUGCUUUUGAAGUUUCAGGAACUCCUGUGGAUUGUGUCUCGUUAGCUCUGUCUGGAGCAUUGUUUUCAUGGUCAAAGCCCGUUUUGGUGAUUAGUGGAAUGAAUAGAGGAUCAAGCUGUGGCCACGACGUGUUUUUCUCAGGAGCUGUUGCCGCGGCUAGAGAGGCGCUAAUUUGUGGUGUGCCAUCUCUUUGCCUGUCAUUCAACUGGAAGAAAGAUGUGAGCUGUGAAAGUGAUUUGAAGAAUGCAGCCAAUGUUUGUUUGCCUUUAAUAUACACAGCUGUAAGAGAUAUUGAGAAGGGAAAUUUCCCGGGAUGUUGCUUACUGAAAAUAGAAAUCCCUUCUUGUCCCCUAGCAAACAAGGGAUUCAAAUUGACCAGGCAGAGCUUAUGGAGGUCACCUUUAAGCUGGAAAGCUGUGUCAGCAAAUAGGCACCCUGCUGGUAGUCAAUACCUGUCUAAUCAGCAAAGCCUUGGUAUUAAGCUUGCACAACUCGGCCGAGAUGCCUCUGCAGCCGGUGCGGCAAGGCGAUUAAACUCACAUAGGAAGAAUGUUGAGAUUGAAUCUGUUAGUGUUGCUGGAAAAUUAAAUGGCCAACAUACAGUGAAAAAAUACUUUCGCUUAGAGUUCUUGGAAAAGGAGAGGGAAGAUGCAGACGAUGAUCUAGAUUUCAAAGCACUAGAAGACGGAUAUGUUACUGUAACUCCUUUAUCAUUAUCUUCAACCGAUCAAUCCAAGAUUGAAACCUUGGUUUCAAACUGGAUUACAGUUGCACUUGCCAGGAAACAAUGAAACGAAGUUUCCUCUGCUAUUUUGUGUAUUCCAUGUAUUUCCCAUCGUGUAUCAGAUCAGUACGGUGAGAGCUACGAAAAAAUGAGUGAUGUUUGAGUUUGUGUAAUAUGCAGGCUCUAUUGCCUCCUUUUAAUUUAUAUGUUUGGCAAGUUGCCGGCCGGUAAAAAUUGCCUGGCAACUCAUAUUACCUAUGGUGCUUAAUUGUUUGGACUGGGUAGCAAGCAUUAUAUUCUUGAUGGUUAAAUUUUCAUUUGGGACUGAAAUUCGGAAACAAGACUUGUAGCAUAUGGCAACAAAUGCUCAUGCCAGUGACAUUUUCCCUGUCAAAUGUUCAUAGCUUUCUAUAUUUCCCCUUUCCUUUCCCUAAUUCCUCUUCUUUUACUACAGAUGUCCUUUAGGUUGUAAAAAAAUUGUAUCCUAUACCAAAAUACACAACAAGCAGGUCCCUUGAACAUCUAUACCCUAUAUUAUCAAACUCUGCUGUUG